CACCAAAAUUAUAUUUUAUCAAUUUGGUUGUGUAUUGUAAUGUUUGUGAAGCUUUAAAGGUUCUUCAAGCAUGAAGCCUACCAACCUGGCGUUCCUUGUGUUUGGUAUCACGGGUAUGCUUCUUGUUUUUAUUCUGGGAUAUUUUUCAUCGUCAGAAAAAAUAUAUUUCACUGAUGUUCAUCCACAUAUAAAGAACAGUGACACACAAACUACUUCAUUUAAUGGUGAAUCAAAUUCCAUCAAUAACAAAACUUUGGUAAUCUUGUGGUACAACCUUCCAUUUUAUUUAAAUUCUUCAGUGACAUAUUUUCAAGCGAACAAAUGUAGCAAUUUUAGAUCUACCUGUAUAUUAUCAACCGUUAAUUCUGAUAUACUUAGAAGUAGUGGUGUUAUCUUCACUCAUUCAACUCUGCCAAGAACUCCUCCCAUGAGGAAUACAUCUCAAGUCUGGAUUUUCAAUAAUCUGGAAAACAAAGCAUUCACACAUUGGCCAAAUAGCGCUUGGGACUAUAAAUUCGAAUGGACCAUGUCUUAUCGUAGAAAUGCUGACGUUUCAAGACCAUAUGGCAAAAUUAUAAGACUGGACAAAAGUAUACAUAGAAAGUAUUCUGAGGUUUUUCGACAGAAGACAAAAUUCGGUGUUUGGAUGUCUGGUCACUGCCCUGUCCCAUCUCGUCGUAAAGAAUACAUUGAAAAAUUACAGAAGUACAUAGAUAUUGACACGUUUGGAUCGUGUGGGAAGAAGAAGUGUGGGACUCGAACUCCUGCUAUGAAUGAUUGUUUGAAGAAUUUCUCUAGGGAUUAUAAGUUUUAUUUCUCCUUCGAGAAUAAUAUUUGUAGAGAUUACUCCACAGAAAAAGUAUUUAACUUCUACGAGGUUAUGUGUAUAGAGAACCGGGUGAUACGUACACCGACUCUGGUAGUACGUAUUCUGACCCUUGUGUUGGGUAUACAGGCACUGGGGAUGGACACACAGAUCGACUUUGGUGAGGGGUUAUGGAUAGAACUACAUGGGGUCGGUGUUUUGACCACACUUACCCCUCCCCAAUAA